CAGAGGGGGAGAAGAGAACACAGAUCAGGAACCGGGAAGAGAAAGAUUCACAAAAACCGAUGGAUGGUAAUGAGGAACCCUACCUCAAAAUGAAGGCCAAUGAAGCUAGGCAAGAUUUGGCACCUCCAUCCGUCUCACCACAGGAUUCAGGGAUGUACUCACAACAUAUUGAUGUCCAGGAUGAAUUCUUCAGUCAGGAAGGAUUCACAUACACGGGAUUCCUUCUUGGUGCUAUGACGGGGUCUGCAAAUAAUCAAGAACCUUAUGCUCAGGAUUCAAAGAGCAGAGACACAAAAUCAGAACUGACUCAGGAAAACGACGCAAACACAUCAUCUACAUUGCUUCUCCAACAAGAUGAUGAUCCAUGGAAUCUAACCAUGUUCGACAACUUGGAGCUAGACCAGGUGAUUACAUUUAAGGGAUUUCUAUUUUCGUGCCCUCGGUUCCUUAGUUAUGCUCAGUUUUCCCCAGCUCCUUAGUUUUUCCUCAGUUUU